AUAAAUUUGAGGACAAAGAUUUCCAGUUAGCAAAGACUUGGACAGGUCACUCCUUGCAUAGCUUAAGGAUUUAAUUUAAAAAGUACAAUUUUUGCACCUACUAUUUGUAUAAUUGUACCCCACUACUCUCUUCAACUCAUUCAUUCAGUUCUCAUAUUUUCAUAUAAUCUUUCCGUUAUCACCAAAUUCCUCCGUUAACAAUUUAAAUCCGUCCGGUACGUAGUAUUGAAGUGUGCGGUGUGUGUAUGUGUUGAGAAGUUGAAGGUGGUGGUUAAGUGCAAUGGAAAGGUAUGAAAUAGUGAAGGAAUUGGGGUCUGGGAAUUUUGGCGUUGCAAAGCUUGUGAGAGAGAAAUGGUCUGGUGAGCUUUAUGCUAUCAAGUAUAUUGAGAGAGGCCAGAAGAUUGAUGAGCAUGUGCAGAGGGAGAUCAUGAACCACAGGUCACUGAAACAUCCCAAUAUUAUUAGAUUUAAAGAGGUGCUGCUAACACCGACCCAUCUAGCCAUAGUCAUGGAAUAUGCUGCAGAAGGGGAACUUUUUGAAAGGAUUUGCAAUGCCGGUAGAUUUAGUGAAGACGAGGCAAGAUUUUUCUUUCAACAACUGAUAUCAGGUGUCAGUUACUGCCACUCGAUGCAAAUUUGCCACAGAGACCUGAAGCUAGAAAACACGCUCUUAGACGGAAGCACAGCGCCUCGUCUCAAAAUAUGUGAUUUUGGCUACUCCAAGUCAUCGGUGUUGCAUUCUCAACCUAAAUCAACUGUGGGAACUCCAGCAUAUAUUGCACCAGAAGUUUUUUCAAGAAACAAAUAUGAUGGCAAAAUUGCAGAUGUUUGGUCUUGUGGGGUUACCUUAUAUGUGAUGCUGGUUGGUGCAUAUCCAUUCGAAGAUUGUGAUGACCCUAGGAACUUCAAGAAAACUAUUAAUCGCAUACUUAGCGUCCAAUACUCAAUUCCAGAUUAUGUCCGUAUCUCGAUGGAGUGCAAACAUCUUCUCUCUCGAAUCUUUGUAGCUAAUCCUGAAAAGAGAAUAAGCAUUCCUGAAAUUAAAAAGCACCCCUGGUUCCUGAAGAAUUUGCCAGCAGAAUUUAUGGAAGCAGAGGAGUAUAGUUCAGAUGCUAAAGCCUUGGAUGAUCUGGCUCAGAGUACCGAAGAAGUACUAGCAAUAAUAAAAGAGGCUAGAAAACCAGUAGAUGGAUAUAAACUUGAUGGGCAGUUUGUUGGAGGGAGCAGCAUGGACCUUGAUGAUGAGUUGGAUUCAGACAUUGAUGAUAUUGACAUGAGUGGUGAAUUCGUCUGCGCAAUGUGAGGCAUACAAAAAUCGUGGAAAAGCAAAUAAGUCGGUAAUAUUCUAUCAAAUUAUCCGAGAAUGUAAAAAACUAGAGUUCUCCGACCACAAUGUAUGCAAUCUAGCCGCUUUUUUAUGAUAUAUGGAAAAUUUCCCGUUGUGUUAA